AUGGCCCUUCCACCCACGCCAAACCCUAUUCUCGCGGUGACACUGCCCAUCGUCCUCGACAAGCCGCCGGGAACGCAUGCCCCAACAGAGGCACUACGAUUGGCUCUCCUAGGAGUCGGAGCCGUACACAUGGCCUACCUGAGCUCGCGUAGGCGAGUGUGCGUAGGAGUCGGUGCCGUAGGACCCACGGAUGUCGUUUCUCCCAUGGGAGUUAGUGCCGACCUGGUCGGCGGCGAGUCGGACGCAGCUAGGAUGAUGGGUUUAAGCUCCAUGUUACGGCUUGGUGCGACAAGAUGUCUCGCUGUCGCAUGUCGAAACCCCGAAGAGACGAGAAGUGAUGCAGCCCUCGGAGCCACAAUGGCUGUCACACUCAUCGACAUCUUUUCUGGUGGUCAUCAAUGGACGAGGAACAUUAAUCUUGCCAAGACGCUCAUUGCGCUGCGAGGAGGACCGGCUACGAUUCUCAACACCAACCUCCCCAAGCAAGCACGCUUUGGCGGUGGCGUCACAGUGUCGCCUGCUCGGUUCUGGCUCGAAAUGUUGGCGGUCUACGAGACAUUUGGCUCUCUUACUUCCGGAGAAGAGCCGACACUUCUUGCUCCUGGGAACACAGACUGGUGGUUCGACGCUGCGGAUCAGAGCUAUCACGCAAAUUCAAUUGAGAAAGUCUUUGGUAUGGCCAGAUCCAUGGUCACACUCAUUGCAAAAGUCAGCGCCUUUUUAUGCAGAACGAUUCGGGAACGGGCAUUCAUCACCGAGAAUGAGCCUAUCGAGGGUGCCUCCAUCGUCCAAAUCCCAGACGCCCCACCAGAAAUGGAAAUAGCUGCAUCACCAGAGGAGGUCGUUGGUGCGACGGCCGCAACGGCAGAGGGCGAGAUAAUGCUACCCGAUUUUGACUUUGAAAAGUUUCUCAACGAUUUUGGUGCUACUCCCAGCGGGUUUGGGGAGGGCUUCAUCACGGGCCCUAUCCCACCUUCAGAAAGUGGAGGACCUGCUGCUGCCGCGCUGACUCCGAGAUUCGAUGAUGGGAUGAGUAUGCCAACACCGGCACUCCCCGCAUUGGGCAUCACGAUGGAUUCGCUUCCGUCAUCUGGAGCAGGAGAAGCGUUCACCUUUGAGGCUCCAGCAACUGAACCGGGCGAACAAGAAGGAAAUCCUGCGCUGGACCAGGCCAGAAUGUCCAGUCUUCGUGCAUUCUUCAAGGAUGCAAAGGCCCUCUAUGCGGAAAUUGAAAGCUGGGAGGAUCCAAUCGGCCAUGAAAACCGGGAAGCUCGUGUCCUCGUCGGUAACAAGACGCACAAGCUAGCAUUAAUGAUUAUCAUGCUGCGCGACGUCUUUCACGUUUCGAGGAUGGACCCUCGUGUACAAGCAUUUGCUGCCUCUAUCCUCGAUUUAUGCCUGGAGAGUUCGCAACAGAACAUGGGCGUCGAUUUGACAUGGCCGGUCAUCAUCGCUGGAUGUCAAGUCGUCACCGCCAAUGCUCGCAUACAAGUUGCACAAGCAUUCGACUCGUUUCGCAAGCAGUGCUGCUUUGAGAUUGAAUCAAGUGAACGCAUCGUCGCCGAAGUGUGGAGAAGAGUGGACAACAACGAACCAAGGGACGACUGGCGUGCCGUCGUCGAAGAUGAAAACCUGCGAAUCCUGGUCCUAUGA